UUAAUGCCAAAAGACUUUAGCAUGUUUAAGCGGGUUAAUCCAUUGAACCAAUGUUGCCAACGUCGCCAACAAUAAAAAGAAUCAAGUUAUCACAGUUGUAGCAGACUGAGAAGUUAUUACGUGUUUGUUUUGGGGUUUUCUAUUUAUUGCACAGUCGGAACUGAAAUAACAGUACCAAAUUGAUGAAUCACUAUCUUUUAAAGCAACACAUGCAGCUAAUGUUACAAUGACGUCUGUUCUGAAAGACAGAACAUUCAGUUGUAGGGUAAGCUCGGUCCUCAACAGGGAUGUGAAACAGUUUGGAAAGAAACAUCUCUUUGAUGGUGAUGAAGAAACCUGCUGGAAUUCUGAUCAGGGAUCACCACAAUGGAUUGCACUUGAUCUGCAGAAAGAAGAAACAGUAAAUGCAUUUCACAUUCAAUUUCAAGGUGGUUUUGUUGGCCAGAAUUGCCAUCUAGAAGCUGGACCUGAAGAUGGAUCAUUGGAAGUAGUUGAUCAUUUUUAUCCUGAUGAUAUUAAUUCUUUGCAAGUAUUCAAAUUAAGGGAACCUGUUUCUGCUAAAAAGCUGCGGUUUGUUUUUAAUGGAAGCACAGACUUCUUUGGUAGAAUAGUAAUCUAUAAGUUAGAAAUCCUAAGUCCAACAUGAUAAUGAAAUAAAAAUGUGUAUAUUAUAUUUCCAACAUUUUAAUACCAGGAAAAAUUAAACAACAUGCCUUAACACAUAGGUAUUGCAGGAAAUAAAAGUGUGUAUGGUUAUCGGUGAGGUAAGUUCAGCUAUUGUGAUUUUUGUUAAGUUGUGUUUCAAAUUGAAAUAUGUUGGCACAAAAUACGAUGGGGUACCCAAAAGAAACCGAACUAAUUUUUUUGUGGGCAGAGC